AUGCUCUUGGUAGGCGAAAGCAGCGAGCACGAGCUGGGGUUCCUCCAGUCGCUGGGGCUCUCGAAGAUUCAACUUCUGGGCCUGCUCAGCUGCGAGCACCUGACCGUCGUGGCCCUGGGGCUGGGCGUCGGCACCUGGGCGGGGUUCCAGAUGAGCCGUCUGAUGGUCGCGCCUCUGGCCGUAUCGGACAUCGGGCAAUCGAUAGUCCCGCCGUUCAUCCUGGUCACCGACUGGUCGUUGAUGCUCCCGACGUACGCGAUGAUUCUCGCUAUUUUCCAUCACGGUCAUGUUCGUCCUCUUCCGAUCGAUUGGAAGAACGAAACUGUUUGA